AUGGAAACUCAGCAACCGCAGGAGUUUCUGCUGUCAGACAGAAAACCUACUGGACAUGUCAAUCAAGUCUGGCCAAACCUUUACAUAGGCAACAAGUAUGCUGCUCGUGACAAGGCCUCGCUCCACAGUCUGGGCAUUACUCACAUUGUAAAUGACUCCCCAUCCAGGGCCUCGGGCUGUUUCCACGUCAACACCGGCCCGCGCCUCUACAGAGACAUGAUGGUGGAUUAUUAUGGGGUGGAGGCAGAUGAUGCUAAAGAGUUAAUCCUCAGUCCUUUCUUCUACCCAACAGCACGAUACAUCCGAGCUGCGCUGGCCAUGGGAGCCGGACGUGUGUUUGUCCACUGUCUGAUGGGUGUGAGCCGCUCUGCGACCUUGCUCCUGGCCUUCCUCAUGAUCGUCGAGGACCUGAGCCUGCAGGAUGCCGUGGCUAACAUCAGGCCGCACAGAGACAUCUGCCCCAGCCCAGGCUUCCUGCAGCAGCUCCGCAGUCUCGACAUGAGCCUGGAAAAGUCACACAAAACCAUAGACAUCAGAAUGUACACACAUAUACACAUCUUUAUUGCUACAGAGGUCAUUUAA